AUGAUUCCUCGUGAAGCUGGAAUGAAAUCGAUUAACGACAUUAUUUUUCUUUAUCGUACAAAAACACCACCAUCAUCGUAUUGCAUGAUUGGCAAAAUAAAUGGGCUAUGUAUGUGUAUUCGGAAUGGUAUUGUACCACCGAUGAUACAAGCACUUGAUCAACCUAUACCAACACCAUUCAAUUAUUCUGAACAACAAAAAAAGUCUUAUAAAUCAACAGCCAUGCCUGCAUAUGUACAAGAAAAUUUAUCUGUUGAAGGUAUGACAUUUUCUAUGAAGCCAAAAUACUAA